UGCCCCCUCGCAGCAGCGGCAUGGAUGAUUCUGGACAGCGCCUGCGCAGUGUGGAUCUGGAAAUGCGGCGGUGAGAGAUUGGAAGAUGAAGAAUAAAAAGUGCGGGGGAUGUGGGGAGGACCUUGACAUCGCCAGGCUGAGGCAGGAGAUCAUCCGGAUGCACGAGAGGGAGAAUCACGACCUGUUGGAUCACCUCAAGAGCCUCGAGAGUGCGAUCCAGGACAAGAAGCUCAAGCUUUUGGAGAAGGAGCUCGAUGGCAAGCACAAGAUCACGUGUGAGUAUGAAUCCCGAUGCAAAGACGACGAUGGUGGGAGCAUAAGUUUGAGCAUCGACGUGGAGAAGAAGGAUGGGCUCCUCCGGAAAGAACAAGGCAGAAGAAAGCAACUUUUGCAGCGUGUUUUGGCACUCGAGGAUGAAGUGCGACGGGUCCAGCGGAGGAAAGAGCGCGAGAGGAAGUUUUUCGAGGUGGAGAAUGAUACGCUCCAGAGGAAGGCAACAAUAGGUUGGAUAUUGGGCACUCUGUCUGAUAUCGUCCUGGAAGACAAGCCUCAAGGCGGAGCCGAGUGCAUCAUGAGGCUGGCACGCAAGAUCCAGCGGGAGUUGGAGACGAGAGAAACCGCGGCCGAGCUGGACCGCCUGGAGCGGGACGUGGAAAGGCUGGUCGACUACGCGGACUCUCGGCCGGGGAUCACACUGGACAUUGAAGGGAAUGGGCCUCAGGUAAUUUUGAGCUGGAAGAAGGAUCAUCACAGCCAGCAGAAGAGUUCGUCGCGUCGUUGUCGUCGUCGGCGUUGUCGUCCCUGUAGAACAGGCCAGUAAGCCAGUCCUCGAGAGUUUUCGCACAGUAACGGGUGUUAAGUUAGUUCCAGGAGCUUUGCAAAGAUCGGAGCUUCACCUCUUCAAUCCAGAUAGAGACGAAGCCAGCCGGCAAGCUUUCCAAGUGCUCGAGUUUCGUCACCUCGUGCUUGAGCCGGGGUUCGAGUGGCAUCAACCCGAGCGGAUCGAGAGGGAGGAGCCCCUGCUCUCGACCGUCCUCUCGAGGCGGCUCUCGAUCCAGAGGACACAGCCCGAGAGGUGGCGGUGGUGGCUCCGUGGUGUCGGUGGAGAUCAGCAGAAGUCCAUCACCCUGCGCGUGCUCGGACGACGAGCCGAGAAGAAAAGCGCGAAGGCUUUGGGCGGAGGUGAAGCUGUCGAGCAGCCGGAGCGAGGAGGAGGAGCGAGUGGAGGCGGCGCUGGAGAGCAUCCGGAGCAACCUCGAGUAUCUCAUCGACCAGGAGAAGAUGAAGCGAUGGCAGGAGGCCCAGAUCCGGCACUUGGGAUACUACCCGCAGGAGCGACUGCCAAGAUCGGCGCUGUGGUAUCCGCCGCAGCUCAUGUGAUUUUCCACCAUGAUCAUACAAGCCAAGAAUUUUUUUUUCUGCCA